CCAUCAGCUGUGAGGUCAGAUUCCAGCGGAGGAGAGGAAGCAUGUAGGUCUGGAGGAACACAAGGUGACGAGGAACACAGCGACACUAAUGACAAGGCUGCAGGUCAGAGGUCAGAUGUCCCAGCUGUCCCCCUACACCCUGUGACCUGCUGGUUCCUGGUGGUUCCUGCUGGUUCCUGGUGGUCAUGGUGGGUGUGUUGGCGCUCGGCUCAGUGAGCUCCAUCAAAGCUCUGUGGGAGACCAGGAUCAGGAGGAGGAAGGAGGAGCAUGAGGAGGAGCAGAGAAGAACAAUCAGGGGUGGAGCUACAGGCAGGCUCAGUGUCGGGGUCUGGGAGGACCGGGCCGUUCUGGCUCGACUGAAGCAGAAGCUGCAGACUGAGGAGGGACGGUUGGUCCUCCGGAUCGAGCAGGAGGAGUGGAAGUCUUUGCCGGGCUGCCUGGUUCAGCUUAGUCAGGUCCAGGAGUGGCAGAUCCACCGAACCGGACUGCAGAAGAUCCCACAUUUUAUCUCCAGCUUCCAGAACCUUCUGGUCCUUGAUCUGUCCCGUAAUGGUGUCACUGAGAUCCCGAGACAAAUCGGGAAGCUGACCCGACUUCGGGAACUGGUGCUGAGCUACAACAGAAUCCAGUUUGUUCCCGAGGAGCUGAGCUGCUGUGAAAGUCUGGAGAGACUGGAGCUGGCAAUGAACCGGGACCUGAACCAGCUUCCAGACCAGCUGAGGAACCUGGUGAGGCUGCAGCACCUGGAUCUGUCCAUGAACGACUUCAGCGUCCUCCCAGACUGCGUGGUGGCCUUGCCCUCCAUCGAGUGGCUCGACAUGGGAGGAAACCGCAUCCAGCAGCUGCCUGAGGACAUACACAGGAUGGAGAAGCUUCACACUCUGUGGUUGCAGAGGAACGAACUGGAGAGACUUCCAGACAACAUCAGCAGGAUGUCCAGUCUGGACACGCUGGUCCUCAGCAAGAACAAGCUCAGAGACAUCCCCUCCCUGAUGGAGGACAUGUCCAACCUCAGGUUUGUGAAUUUUCGGGACAACCCUCUGACUCUGGAUGUGGUUCUGCCGGCGAAGACAAAGGACGACGAGGACGAGGACGAGGACGAGGACGACCGGGAGAUGUUUGGACGGGAGUUCAUGCAGUUGUACAUCCAGGAGUCCAGGAAGAGGGCUUACGCCGUCCUCAACAUGCACUGCGUCAACCAGACCGAUGACGAGUCCCGAUGAGGAACAGGAUCAGUUCCUCCACCACUCCGGAUCUGGUCCAUUAUCUUCCUGGACUAGAACAGGGUCAGGAUCAGUUCUCAGAGACUGAAAGCUGCAGAAAAAGAAACUGAAACUGACUUUGUACAAACUUUAAUAAACUUUUAGUUUGAUUUUAGACAAUAAAACAAUAAAACUUUUAUAAGAACAAAAA